AUGGACCGAAUGCGCAGCACACUUUUCUGCUUGGUGCUUCCGGGCGACUCGGCCUCUGCGCGGCGAACGAGUGAGAUAUUCAUGUCCGGCUGCAUCCCGGUGUUUUUGGGGCCGCCCUACGGCGCGAUGCCCCUCGCCGACGGGGGAAUCGACUACCGCGCCUCCUCCCUGUUCUUCAACGUCACUGAGUACAGGGGAUGGCUUGAUGACAACAUGGUGUGGGAGAUCGGCGACGAGCGGCCCUUCCACGUCAGCAACCCCUGGGUCUGGAUACCCGACACCCCCGUCAAUGACAUAAUGGUGACCAUACAGACGGUGGAUGAGCUAAUGGACCACCUCCGCACCAUCCCCAAGGAGGUUCUCGACAAGAAGCUGGAGGCAGUGGUUGCCGAGCGGGAGAAGUUCUCAUUCCAGCCGUACAUUACGGCGCCGCCGAGUGCUAUAAAUAUCAUCCUGUCCAAGAUGUGCACCAUGGGGCAUUGGACGGCGCCCGUCGCUUGA